AUGUCUGUUACAGACUUUACCAUAACUGAUGAGAAAGUACACUUACAUCACAGCAUUGAGAAGGAGAAAACUGUAAGACAUAUUGGCGAUUUGUGUUCCUCAUGCUCUGUGAAAAAAAUUCAGGUUGGAAUCUGCUUGCUUCUGGUGGAGCUGUGUGAGAGGUUCACGUUCUUUGAAGUCGUCUGCAACAUGAUCCCCUUUUGCACUAUCAAGCUUGGCUAUCACAAUUGCAAAGCAGCCAUCUUAAACUUGUGUUUUAUUGGAACUUCAAUACUUACCCCUGUGUUUGUCGGAUGGCUCACUGAUGUCUAUGUAGGAAGAAACAAACUGGUGUAUAUUUGCUUGUUUCUACAUUUUCUAGGCACUGCUUUGUUAUCUGUGGUGGCUUUUCCCUUGGAAGAUUUCUAUCUGGGCACUUACUAUGCAGUUAACAACAUACCAAAAACAGAGCAGCACAGGCUGUUUUAUGUAGCACUGCUGAGCAUUUGCCUUGGCAUCGGAGGCAUAAGAGCCAUCGUCUGUCCACUGGGUGCUUUUGGCCUUCAGGAGUAUGGAUCACAAAAAACAAUGUCUUUUUUUAACUGGUUUUAUUGGCUCAUGAACCUAAAUGCAACUAUUGUGUUUCUGGGAAUAUCUUACAUCCAGCACUCACAGGCCUGGGCCCUUGUUUUACUUAUUCCUUUUAUGUCUACGCUUAUGGCUCUGAUAACUCUUCAUAUGAUAUACUACAACCUAAUUUAUCAGUCAGAAAAACGUUAUUCUGUCCUGACAAGCGUUGGGGUGUUGGUUAGUGCACUGAAAACAUGCCACCUGCAGUACUGCCAUCUUGGCAGAGACGUGACAAGCCAGUUAGACCAUGCCAAAGAAAAAAAUGGUGGCUGCUACAGAGAGCUCCAUGCAGAAGACACAAUAUUUUUCCUCACCCUUCUCCCUCUCUUCAUUUUUCAGCUCCUAUACAGAAUGUGCAUUAUGCAGAUUCCUUCAGGAUAUUAUCUGCAAACUAUGAAUUCCAACCUGAAUUUGGAUGGAUUUCUUCUGCCAAUUGCAGUAAUGAAUGCCAUCAGCAGCCUACCAUUACUAAUUCUGGCUCCUUUUCUGGAGUAUUUCGGCACCUGCCUGUUUCCCUCUAAGAGAGUUGGAUCAUUUCUGUCAACGUGCAUCAUUGCUGGAAAUCUUUUUGCUGCAUUGUCUGUGAUGAUAGCUGGCUUCUUUGAAAUACACCGAAAACAUUUCCCUCCAGUGGAGCAGCCCCUUUCAGGAAAAGUUCUCACUGUUUCCUCCAUGCCCUGUUUCUACCUGAUUCUUCAGUAUAUUUUACUUGGAGUGGCGGAAACGUUGGUAAACCCAGCUGUCUCUGUAAUAUCAUACAGAUUUGUUCCAAGCACCGUCAGAGGAACCUCCAUGAAUUUUCUGACACUGUUCAAAGGAUUUGGCUGUUUCACAGGGGCACUGCUUGUGGAGUUGGUAUAUCUCAUCUCAGAAGGCAAUUGGUUUCCAAACACAUUAAACAAAGGCAAUUUAGAAAGCUUCUUCUUCUUCCUGGCAUCAUUAACAUUGUUGAACGUCCUGGGAUUCUGGAGUGUUUCACAAAGAUAUUGUAAUCUAAAUCAUUUUAAUGUCCAGAACAUCCAUGGAAGUAAUCUUGAAGAAACACUUCUCCUCCACGAAAAGUCUCUGAAAUUUUAUGGCAGUAUACAGGAAUUUUCUUCAAGUAUUGAUCUUUGGGAGACAGCCCUAUGA